AUGCGCUUCGACACCAUCCUCGCCGUCGCAUCCGCGUCCAUCGUGGCCUUCAGCUCUGGCGCUGCCGCCGCGACAGCAAGGGUCGUCCCCGUCGAAAUCCACUUCAAGUCGGGCGGUCGCAUCCUGGACUUGGGGUACCAAAAGGUCGACCAGCCCGCCAGUUUUAAAGUCAAUCAGCAAAAUAAGGCGUUCUUCAUCGACUCAAAUGGAAACCCGGACAACAGAGGGUUAGCAAAUACCAAUUAUGUGGCCAAGACAGACUUGUCCAAAAUGAGAACAGUCACUUUGCUGUCGGAUGGUACCAUACCACCCAUCACGGACCAGGCCGCCCCCGUCGGCUCCGGACAGCGUAACAGAGCGCCACGCAGGAGAGUGGAGAUCCAGGGGGUGACGAACAGGCUGGGGAGGAAUCUGUGA